ACUACACCGCCCCUAAUCUGUUCAGGUUGCAUGAUGAACGUUGUUCUUGCUUUAGCGUUGGUCGUGUGUUGUGGCUUUUCGAUCUCUCAAGCCAAAUAUGAUGACAAACAUGGAAGACAAUUGACACUCGGUGCUAGCCCGGUGAAUCUGAAAAAACCAGACCUUGAUCUGUGCAAUGUCUGCUAUCAACUUACCGGACAAACAAUCAACCAACUACUCAACAUUAUACUAAACGGAGCUGUUGUCGGAGGUUGCAAUGAACUUUGCGGUCUACUGAAUGCAUCCGAAGCAAUUGACGUUGCUUGCAAUCUUGUUUGUGAUUUGGUCGGUAUCAAGGAGUUUAUAGCUGCAAUUGAGAAAGCUGAUCUUGAUCCAGUGUACAUGUGUGAGAUAUUAAAAGCAUGCAAAGUGUUUGAUGAAGGAGAUGCCAAUAUUACAGCAUUCACCAUUACCCCAAAGCAAGGACCAGCAGGAACCGAGUUUCAAUUAGAGGUAGACUUCAAGACAAAGAAUGGAACAGGGACUGGAGAGGCAGUGAUUGAAGUUCAUACAGUUGAUCAUUUUCCAGUUGAUGGUGGGCAACUUAUGGAGUCGCUCGAUCCUGGUUCGUAUAGCAUAAAAUUCACACUACAGACACAAAAAAACUGCCAGCAGGAGCCUUGUGAAAUGUGGGAGAAAGGUAUAUACAACGUGACCAUGCGACUUUGCAAUGGCGAAUGUGGCAGCAAACAUCCACACAGUCAGCUGUAUGACACAGCAACAGGAUCAUUUCAAAUCACUGCUGAAGACUAAACAUUGAAAUAGCUAAAUAGCCAGAAUUCACCUGUUGAAUUUGCUAG